AAAGUUGAAGGGGGAAUCUCUGCCUUGGACUUGAGCGAUUUCAGCAUUGAGCUCUCAAGUUCUUGGAGAGCUGGGACUUUCCAGCUUCCUGGGGCUCAUGGGUCUAACUGGGCUUUUCCUUUCCCCCCCCCUCAAUUCCUUGCUCCAGAUGCGACGGUGUACGUGGGGGGGCUGGAUGAGAAGGUCAGCGAGCCCCUGCUCUGGGAGCUCUUCCUCCAGGCGGGCCCCGUGGUCAACACCCACAUGCCCAAGGACCGAGUCACGGGCCAACACCAAGGCUAUGGCUUUGUGGAGUUCCUCAGCGAGGAGGACGCCGAUUACGCCAUCAAGAUCAUGAACAUGAUCAAGUUGUACGGGAAACCCAUUCGAGUGAACAAAGCUUCUGCCCACAACAAAAACCUGGACGUGGGGGCCAACAUCUUCAUCGGCAACCUGGACCCCGAAAUCGACGAGAAGCUUUUGUACGACACCUUCAGCGCUUUCGGGGUCAUCCUCCAGACGCCCAAAAUCAUGCGAGACCCCGACACGGGCAAUUCCAAGGGUUAUGCCUUCAUCAACUUUGCCAGUUUCGACGCUUCGGACGCGGCCAUCGAGGCCAUGAAUGGACAAUACCUCUGCAACAGGCCCAUCACCGUCUCCUACGCCUUCAAGAAAGAUUCCAAAGGGGAACGGCACGGCUCGGCCGCCGAACGCCUCCUGGCAGCCCAGAACCCCCUCUCCCAAGCCGACAGGCCCCACCAGCUCUUCGCCGACGCUCCUCCUCCUCCCUCUGUCCCCACUCCCGUUGUCACCACCCUGGGACCCGGCGUCACCCCUCCAGGACUCCCUCCCCCAGGAUCCUUCCCCCCUCCGGUGCCGCCUCCCGGAGCGAUGCCUCCCGGGAUGCCUCCUGCCAUGCCUCCACCACCCAUGCCACCCGGUGCGGGUGCCCCAGGACCCCCCUCGGGGGCUGCCCCAGCUGGGGGGCACCCCCCACAUCCCCACCCCUUCCCUCCGGGCGGGAUGCACCAUCCAGGAAUGCCCCCCAUGCAAGUCCACCACGGGCCACCCGGGAUGGGCCAACAUCAUCCAGGACCCCCAGGCUCCGGAGGCCAACCCCCCCCGCGGCCCCCACCUGGAAUGCCACAUCCUGGACCCCCACCCAUGGGAAUGCCACCCCGAGGACCUCAUUUCGGGUCGCCCAUGGGUCACCCAGGCCCCAUGCCCCACCACGGGAUGCGUGGCCCCCCUCCGCUGAUGCCUCCUCACGGGUACAACGGGCCCCCUCGCCCCCCACCCUAUGGAUACCAGAGGGUCCCCCUGCCCCCCCGGCCGGCACAGAGGCCCCCCGGGGUGCCACCCCGUGGCCCCUUGAGGGGCCCCCUCCCCUAAAAAAAGCCCCCAACUCCCCUCCCUGCUGGGGCUCCUUCCCUCUCUCCCCUCAAUCCUUCCUUUCCCCUCCGACUGACGGACCAGCACCCGGGGGGGGCAGUGGGGUCCAGCCCCGUCGCCGCCCCCCCCUUUUUCCUUCCCUCUCCCCUUUUCUUUUUAUAGAGUUCAUUUUGGUUCCUUUUCCCCUCCUCCUUCCCUUUAUCUCCACCUCGAAGAUUUAUCGAGGUGCUUUUACCAGGUUGGGGUGGUUGUUUUUUUGUGUUUUUUUUUUCUAUGUAAAGCAGCGAUCGCCUACAAAUAAAACAUUUUAAGAACCCAAAAAUAGGGGGGGUUCUUCCUCCGAGAUCGA